CACACACACACUCAGUCACUCACUGGAGACAUUGCUCACCGGCUCCCACACACAGACGCAGAAGGAAAGGAGGACAAGAGCGAGAAUUGAGAGGUAACAAAAAUACAAGACAAGCAAGAAGCAAAAGAGAAAAGAUGACAAUCGGCAAGAGCUCUAGGAAAAGUUCUGUGCGGAGCUCCAUCAGGGCGCCGAAGUUUCUGGAUAAAUCAAACGGCUUCUAUGGGCGCCUGGAUGAGCCCGAGGUUGCAGGAGAAGAGGACGAGAUGAGGGGAGAGGAAGUGGAAUUGAAAUGGAACGGAACAGAAGAAACAGUCAGAAAGGACAUCUCUGUGAUGGAUCAGAAGGACGAAUCUGACGCAUUUCACUUCAGUGAGGGGAUGAUGGAAGAUGACGGAGAGACUCUCCUCCAGAGGAACACCGGCCGUCGUAGCAGCAGGUGGAGAAGGAGCUCCAGGAGGAAGCAGAAAGAGGGAAAAAUGGAGGAGGACCCAGCCCGAGAUGAAAGGCCGAGCCUGGGCAGAGAGAGUCCAUCUGACCCUCAGGUCCUUGAGCACACCAGGGUGAUGAUCGAGAUAGAGAUGGAGAAGAAGAUGGAUGAAGACAAAGAGAACGACAGAAGAGGGAAGGAACCAACACUUGUUCACUUCCCAGCACGAGAGGAUGCAGACGACCAGGUCCUGAUCAGAGAUAAGAAGAGGGGGAGAGAAGAAGAGGGAGAGGAGGAGAGGAAGAUGAAGAGAGAGCAAGAAGAAGGGAUGAAGAUGGUGAAGAGGAACUCAGUGAAGAACUACCGCAAGGCCCUGGACCGAGCCUUUCGCCGUGGCUGGGAGGCCUUCAUUACCAACCUCUACAGCGUCACUCUCACACCCAUGACAUCAUCCUCACAGCCGUCAUCUUCACCUGCAUCAAAAAAGAAAGAACAGCACAGCUCUGUGUUGGCUGAGUUUCGAUAGAGUUGGAGAGUGACAUGAACAAUAUCAGGAACCUUAGUUUAGUAUUUUGCAUAUCCAAUUUAUGACAAAAUAGUUUUAGCUAAAUUGUGAUGUCCAAUCAGGCAUGUGUGACGUUUACUAAGCCAUCAUCGGGGACAUUUAUGUCACAUUCUUGAGUCAUAAGGCCUUAAUGAUUAUUCAUGUCAGUUACUGAGUCUUAAUUACUCAUGAAGUUUACUGCUUUAUUUUUAUCAUGGUGCACAUUAAUGGUGCAAGUAUUUUUUUACUGUAGCCAAGCUGUUGAUUUUAUGACGUCAAAGGGACUCAAAUAGACAAAGUUGUGGUCUUCAUAUGACUGAGUUCAGCUGGCUCCCUCCGACUGUGUUGCUGAUUUCAUGCUUUUUGUCGGCGUUGCAAGAAUGUCUUAAAAGCUUAACAUCUUAAAUCUGGUCCACUAAUAAGAGCUUGGAGUACAAUAAUCUUUUCCUCCCGUGGUUUAGCACUAUGACCCAAGCAACGUGUUGAUGUGUAACCAAAGGAAUGGAAUUUUCCAACCGUAUAGCUAUGACUGAUAAGUGGACUUAUGCCAUGUUGAUCAAUGCUGGAUACUGCUGUUUGGUAGCUAAUUAGUAAUCAGUUGUAGUUAAUGACAGGAGGAACCUGUGUCUGUGAUCAGCACAGUACACAUUUGUAUGUUAAUACUUGGGAAGACACUGAAGUUCUUACAAGUAUAACCCACCUUAUCAUGACCUUUUCCAUCAGUGUUUGGAUGGAAAUACACAAAAGCUUCUCUGAGCUGAGAUAACGUUUCUCUCUCACAGUGUUCUGGUGAAGGUUUAUAACCCGAGGAGACAAGGCAAGCAACCAUAAGUUUGUGUGUGCUUUAAGAGAGAGAUAAGAGUUAUUGCCUGUUUAUAAAUCAGUGGUAAAACCCACUGUGUUGAAAUCACUGCUGGAGCUGCACAUAAUAUAUUUAGUAUUUAAGAACUAACGUAAGCAUCAAUGCAACAGGGACAAGAAGACAAUAAAAUGUAUUUAAGAGAGGUUUCAUUUCAUUUAACAGCUAUCCUUGUUAAGAUUGAUGUUGAAAUGCUUAAAAGAGACCUGCUGUAACUUCCUGUAAACCACUUUGUUUUUGUUUAUUUUGUUACCAGAAGUGCGCUUGGCAAACUGUGAAAGCAAUACUUAGUGGGGGAGACUUGUUUUUGUUGUAAAAAAAUGGUUGAUUUUUUAAGAAAUUGUGAUAAAAUACUUUUGUAUGAUAAUUAAAGCUUCUGAAGUUAUGUAUUACAAGAAGCACCUUAUUGAGUAAAUAAAGACUUAAUUUAUUGUA